UCCGGUGGCUGGCGGAAACGGGAACCUGCAGCCGCGGGCGCCGGGGUCCUGAGGCAUGGCGGGGGCGGGGCAGGGGGAGGCGCGCACGGAACAGGCUGGGGCAUCCUUCUCCUUGGCUCUUUGAGCCUGGACCAGACAGGUGCUGGGAAUACAGCAAGGAAUUAGACCAGUUCCCUGCUCUCUGGUAUGGGGGGAUGGAUACUAAAAAGAGAUGUGAUAAUGGAUCAUCAUGUUUCCACCAUCAAGCCUCGAAGAAUCCAAAACCAAAAUGUCAUUCACCGCUUGGAACGGCGGCGGAUCAGUUCAGGCAAGGCAGGUACCCACUGGCACCAAGUCCGAGUGUUCCAUCAGAAUGUCUUCCCCAACUUCACAGUUGUCAACGUUGAAAAGCCUCCUUGUUUCUUGCGUAAAUUCUCACCUGAUGGACGCUACUUUAUUGCUUUUUCUUCCGACCAGACAUCUCUUGAAAUCUAUGAGUACCAGGGCUGCCAGGCAGCAGAGGACCUACUGCAGGGAUACGAAGGAGAAAUCCUGUCCAAUGGCAAUGACCAGCGGUCAGUCAAUAUCCGGGGCCGGCUCUUUGAACGCUUUUUUGUCCUGCUACACAUUACCAAUGUUGCGGCCAAUGGUGAGCACCUGAACCGGGAGUGUAGUCUCUUCACUGAUGACUGCCGGUGUGUCAUCGUGGGCUCAGCUGCUUACCUCCCAGAUGAGCCUCACCCUCCAUUUUUUGAGGUAUAUCGGAACAGUGAGUCAGUGACUCCCAACCCACGGUCCCCUCUAGAAGAUUAUUCCCUGCACAUCAUUGACCUUCACACUGGCCGCUUAUGUGAUACACGCACAUUCAAGUGUGACAAGGUGGUCUUGUCACACAACCAAGGGCUAUACUUGUACAAAAAUAUCCUGGCCAUCUUGUCCGUGCAACAACAGACAAUCCAUGUCUUCCAGGUGACUCCUGAAGGCACUUUCAUUGAUGUGCGGACCAUUGGUCGCUUUUGCUAUGAGGAUGACCUGCUCACUGUGUCAGCUGUUUUCCCUGAGGUACAGCGGGACAGUCAGACAGGCAUGGCCAAUCCCUUUAGGGACCCUUUCAUCAACUCCCUCAAACACCGGUUGCUGGUGUAUUUGUGGCGCCGGGCAGAGCAGGAUGGUAGCGCAAUGGCCAAGAGGCGCUUCUUCCAGUAUUUUGACCAACUACGGCAGCUGCGCAUGUGGAAAAUGCAGCUUCUGGAUGAAAACCAUCUGUUUAUCAAGUAUACUAGCGAGGAUGUGGUAACACUGCGAGUCACAGACCCAUCACAGGCAUCUUUCUUUGUGGUGUACAAUAUGGUGACGACAGAGGUGAUCGCUGUGUUUGAGAAUACGUCAGACGAGCUUUUGGAGCUCUUUGAGAACUUCUGUGACCUUUUUCGUAAUGCCACCCUGCACAGUGAAGUCCAGUUUCCCUGCUCAGCUUCUAGCAACAAUUUUGCAAGGCAGAUCCAGCGCCGGUUCAAAGACACUAUCAUAAAUGCCAAGUACGGAGGGCACACAGAGGCGGUCCGCCGGCUGCUGGGUCAGCUCCCCAUCAGUGCUCAGUCUUACAGUGGUAGCCCCUAUCUGGAUUUGUCUCUCUUCAGUUAUGAUGAUAAGUGGGUAUCUGUCAUGGAGCGGCCCAAGACUUGCGGAGAUCACCCAAUCAGCUCUUCAAGUACUUGGGUUCCAGGAAGGACCGUGAAAGAGAUGAGAGGCCAUGGAUGCAGCAGCUGUUCCUGGGAGAACUAAGUGGUAAGUGCCAGCAGGGAGGACAGUUGUCUGCCAGGAUUGUUUCCUUCCCUCGGGUUUUCUCUUGGUAAUUGUCACAGCUGGAGGAACUGCGUGUAAUUGCACAUCCUCGUGUGGAAGCAUGCUCCCAUCUGUACCAUCUGUGUCAUGCAGGUGGAAGAGUGAGCAGCUCUCCGUGGCCACAGCAGAAACAAAUACUGUGUAGCACGUACUAUAAUUUGGAUAGUGGAGCUGGCAAGCCGCAGGUGUCCCUACAGAGACCAGACUGGCUGUUCUUGGAUGGCUGAGCCAUCAUAGCCACCCCGUAAACACCUGCUGGCCCCAGCCACAUCCUCUGUCACUUUCUCAGCUCUUGCCAGCCUGUUUAUGUUUUAUCUGCAUAAUGCCAGUAGUGUAGUAGGCUUGUUUAGUAACAUCUUAUUUUGAAGGUAGCUUUGAAAUGUUGGGUUCCAGAGCAGACUAUGAAAGGAGGCAUGGAUGCAAACAGCUGGACCUUGUAUUUCCUCUGCCAUCCAGACUGACUUUCUUUGGGAAAAUAAUAAAUGUGGUAUAAAAUGCUGAGUCCCACCAAAAACAGUUCAUCUAAUUUCAGUGUGAUCAAAAUGGAGCAGCCAAAUGCAGUCUCAUUCAGCAUUCAGUGUAGGAUGUGAGCACCUACUAUGAGUCAAGUAGAAACUGUCAGGAUACCAAGAAAGGAUGAGGAGACAAAUAGAGAUUAUUAUAAUACAGUACAGUAAUAGCUUUAAUUGUGUCUCUCUAGGGACAGUGGAGGGAGAUGAAGGAAGGGCAGAGAAGGACAAGUAUACUGGGGAAGAGCACUGGAGGUGGAUAAAUGGGAGUGUCUUAUAUGACCAAGGGUUGAGGACAUUUCAAGGAGAGGCCCAGCAUAUGCAAAGGUACGGGAGUAUGAAAAUGGUAAAUAGGUGAAUACAGCUGCAGCACUCACUGGGUGAGGGAGACAGGGAAAAUGUGACUGAACAGGUAGACUGAGGGGAUAUCGUGAAGAGAGGUCUUGUGCAAGUUGCUAGGGUUUUAUGUGGUGGAAGGCAUAGUACGAAUUUCACAAGGUAACUUGAAGCAAUUUAGAGAUGGCUUGGAGGGAAUAGAGACUAGAGGAGUCAAUGGUGAUUCAUAGACCAGGUGAAUCAAUGGCGGUCGUCCAAAGGAGAAGGGGAGGAUGUGAAUGCUGCCACUGGGCCUCUGGAUGGAUGAAAUAGGAGUAGAUCACGAAAAACACAGGGUCCCAAAGCAUGAUGAGUCUACUUAAGUAUUAACAAUACAGAUGCUCCUCCACUUCUUAAGGAGUUACGUCCAGAGAAACCAUUGUAAGUCGAAGAUAUCUGAUGAUGGGUUUAUCUGGGCAUAACUCCAUCUUAAGGACUUUUCUGAAUGUGUAUUGCGUUUGCACUCUUGUAAAGUAAAAAAAUCCUGAGUUGAGCCAUUGUUAAGUCAGGUACAGGCUGUAAUUGUGUUCUUGUAGUGUACUACCCAUUACUCCAGAAGAAGUUGUAUUACCUGUUCGUGGGGCCGAACUAACCUUUCUUCAUAGAAACACUUUACCUGCAGCCUUUUCUUUGAACCAGGUGGUUUGAUUGUACCUGAGGACCUGGCAGAGUGGGAAGAGCAUGGAGUGUGAAGUCACUUGGGUCUCAGUGGGAAUCCUGGCCCUUCUGCUCAUUCCUGUGUGAUCCUGGGUCAGUUUCCUAUCUUUUCUGAAACUUAAUUUGCACUUUCCUCCACCUUAGCCACACAUUCCAUUGGUCCUAUCUUAGAUUUUUUUUUUUUAUCACCUCUAACUGCUCACCUCUGAAGUUUCCAUUUCGUAACCCAUACACUCCUCUCUGACCACUCCCUUUUAGCCUUUCACCUCACUCACUUUACUGCCUCUACUACAGAGGAUCUUAGACCUCACUGAAGCCUCCAGUCCCUGACCCAAGUUAGGGUAAGGUUAAACUGCUAUAGCUAAAAGACCCUAUAAUGCAGUGAUUAGUCAAGACAGGAGUUUUUUUUCUCUCUCUCUCUCAGGUCACAGUGCAGGCAAAUGUUAAAAGUCAGUGAGUGGUUCUGCCACACACAGCCUGAAGGACCCAAAUAUCUUUCAUCCCGUUUCUUUGCCAUUCACUGUGGCAUUGUCCCGGAUUGAGACAGGGAGAGGGUGAGUAUGGAGAAGACUCUCCAUUAGGAGCACACAUCACUACUCCUCAUGUUCCACUGGAGAGGUCCUCACCAUAUGGCCACAUAACAAGCAAGGGAGCUUGGGAAAUGUAGUGUGCCUGGCCAGCUGUGUGCUGGGUAGUCUUGCAUUCAGAAGAAGAGAUAAUGGGUUUUGGUGGACCACUAGCCUUUGCUGGGAUACCAGCAUCUUCACUAGCUGUCACCUACCCUCAGAUCCUGUCGUCUUUCCUUACUCAGCCUAGGUUGCAUGAUCUAACACCAUAAUCACUUACUUAACUUCCUUGUUAUUCUACCUCCUUCAUGUAAAUUCUGAAAACUCUCAACUCUGUACAUAUCUCUCUCUGAACAGUUGGAAAUAGCUGCAG